UCUGAAGAUGGCGGAGCAAAAUAAAAGUAAAACUAAAUUACAAGAAGAUAUUAAAAUUCAAGGUGAAAUUGUAAGAAAAUUAAAAUCUGAAAAGGCAGAUAAAGAACAGAUCAAUGAAGAAGUAGCCAAGUUAUUAGCUUUAAAAGCUGAAUUAGGAGAUGAUGGACCAGUUAAAAACUUUGUUCUUAAAACACCCAAGGGAACUCGAGAUUAUGGUCCCCCACAGAUGGCUAUACGAGAGGGUGCAUUUAAUAAGAUAAUAUCAACCUUUAAACGUCAUGGUGCUGAAACUUUAGAUACUCCAGUUUUUGAAUUAAAGGAAACAUUAACAGGGAAAUAUGGUGAAGAUUCGAAAUUAAUCUAUGAUUUAGCUGAUCAAGGUGGUGAAUUAUUAUCAUUACGAUAUGAUCUGACGGUACCAUUUGCCCGUUUUUUAGCCAUGAACAAAAUUGUCAGUAUAAAACGUUAUCAUAUAGCUAAAGUAUAUAGACGUGAUAACCCAGCUAUGACUAGAGGAAGAUAUAGAGAAUUUUAUCAAUGUGAUUUUGAUAUCGCAGGACAAUAUGAUCCCAUGAUACCAGAUGCUGAAUGUAUCAAAAUAGUGGCAGAAAUUCUACAAAGUUUAGAUCUAGGAAAUUUUGUUGUGAAGGUAAACCAUAGAAAGUUAUUAGAUGGUAUGUUUGCUGCCUGUGGUGUACCUGAUGAUAAAUUUAGAUGUAUCUGUUCUGCUGUUGAUAAAUUAGACAAGACAUUUUGGAAUGAUGUUAGGUCUGAAAUGAUUGAUGAAAAAGGUUUAGAUCCAACUGCAGCAGAUAAAAUAGGAGAAUACGUACAAUUAAAAGGUGGUUUAGAAUUAAUAGAUAAAUUAUUACAAGAUGAGAAUUUAAACAAACAGAAAUUAGCUGUAGAAGGUUUAGAAGAUUUGAAAUUAAUGUUGAAAUAUUGUGAUAUAUUUGGUAUUCUGGACAAGGUGAGCUUUGAUUUAAGUUUAGCUCGAGGGUUAGAUUAUUAUACUGGUGUUAUAUAUGAAGCUGUUUUAACAGGUUAUAGUCAUAAACCUAACAGUGGUGAAGGAGAAGCAGAGAGUGUAGGUAGUGUUGCUGGUGGUGGAAGAUAUGAUGGUUUAGUUGGUAUGUUUGAUCCUAAGAAUAAAAUGGUACCCUGUGUUGGUGUUAGUAUUGGUAUUGAGAGACUGUUUGCUAUUUUAGAAGCUAGAGCUCAGGCAUCAGAGAAUAAAGUAAGAACCACAUCAACUGAUGUAUUUGUCAUCUCAGCUCAGAAAAACAUGUUAGAAGAUAGAUUAAAAUUAUGUACAGAAUUGUGGAACAAUGAUAUUAGGACAGAACAGUCAUAUAAAAAGAAUCCUAAAAUGUUGAGUCAACUUCAGACUUGUGAAACUGAAGGUAUACCAUUGGCUGUAGUUAUUGGCCAAUCAGAAAUCGAGAAUAACAUAGUCAAAUUACGUAAUAUUGCUACUAGAGAAGAGAGAGAAGUACCCAGAGCAAAUAUGGUAGAAGAAAUCAUAGCCGAAUUAGACAAAUUAAGGAACCAAUCAAAAUAAUUUCUCAUAUGCUAAUUUUGAUAACAUUAUACUUAUUUAUUAAGAUAUGGACCAGUUCUGUGCUGUAAAUUUGUUUAUAUUAUUAUCCAUUAGAAUUGUUGAAAUAAUGAAAUACAUGUAUCUAGAUCAAAAAAAUUCACUGAAGUUGUUUCUUCCAAUGUUUUCUGGGACUGAUAUAACUGUUUUUGACCUUGAAAGUAUCAAGAAGUUAUGGUUCGGAUCUAAAUAGCUUGAAACUUAAUAAAACUAUCUGACUUAAAAUCUUUCAAAUUGUAAUAUUUAGUGUAUGGCAAGUAUGCAGGAUUGUAUAUUAAGCUUCCAGUGUUUGUCUCUUUGUUAUAUCAUGUCAUCAAAAUGGUGUCAGUUGUUCACUGAAAUAAAUUCAUCAUUGUUC